AUGCGCCGCGCUCCUUCUCCUUCUUCUCGAUGGCAGUCCGCACGUGCUUGUCGACGGGUCGGCGGCGUGGUCGAGGGGAAGGUCGCCGGCGGCCGCAACUCUGCCGCCGUCGCUCCGCCGGCUCUGACCGAGUAUCGGGCGUUGAGGGCGGCGGCGCAUAGCGGGUCUGGCGCAUCCAUCGCCACGAGCCUCGCAACCGCGGUCGUGGCACACCUGGCGGCGGCUCUCGGGGCCGUCUCUACGGCGCUCGACGCCGUGGCGGCGGCGCAAAGCGGGUCUGGCGCAUCCAUCGCCACGAGCCUCGCGGCCGCGGUCGUGGCACACCUGGUGGCGGCUCUCGAGGCCGUCUCUACGGCGCUCGACACCGUGUGA